AAGCGCGCGCAGCCCCGGGGCCGAGUCUGCUGCUGCCGCUGCCCUGAUGAGCUUGGUGGCCGGGUGGGCGCUGCCGAGUCCUUCCUGUUCCUGGAAGAGAGAGCCCGGGGUGGGUCGGCAGGGAAGAGACCCGGCAGCGAGCCCCGCGCCCUCUUCAUGGCAGGGAACUUCUGGCAGAGCUCGCAUUACUUGCAAUGGAUUUUGGAUAAACAAGAUCUGUUGAAGGAACGCCAAAAGGACUUAAAAUUUUUGACAGAAGAAGAAUAUUGGAAGCUACAGAUAUUCUUUACGAAUGUCAUCCAGGCUUUAGGUGAACAUCUGAAAUUAAGACAACAAGUUAUUGCCACUGCUACUGUCUAUUUCAAGAGGUUCUAUGCCAGAUACUCCCUAAAAAGUAUAGAUCCUGUUCUGAUGGCUCCCACUUGUGUGUUUUUGGCAUCUAAAGUAGAGGAGUUUGGUGUAGUUUCAAAUACAAGAUUGAUAUCUGCUGCUACUUCUGUAUUGAAAACUAGGUUUUCGUAUGCCUUUCCAAAAGAAUUUCCUUAUAGGAUGAAUCAUAUACUAGAAUGUGAAUUCUAUCUUUUAGAAUUAAUGGACUGCUGUUUGAUAGUGUAUCAUCCCUAUAGACCUUUACUCCAGUAUGUGCAGGAUAUGGGUCAAGAAGACAUGCUGCUGCCGCUUGCUUGGAGAAUAGUGAAUGACACCUAUAGAACUGAUCUUUGCCUGCUGUACCCUCCUUUCAUGAUAGCUCUAGCUUGUCUACACGUGGCUUGUGUUGUCCAGCAAAAAGAUGCUAGACAAUGGUUUGCUGAGCUCUCUGUUGAUAUGGAAAAGAUUUUAGAAAUAAUCAGAGUUAUCUUGAAACUGUAUGAACAAUGGAAAAACUUUGAUGAAAGGAAAGAAAUGGCUACAAUCCUAAGUAAGAUGCCUAAACCAAAACCACCUCCAAACAGUGAAGGUGAUCAAGGGCCAAACGGGAGUCAGAAUUCUAGCUACAGCCAGUCUUAAGACAUUCCAAAGAUACUCACUCUGGACCAUUUUGGAUGAAGACACACUGGGAUUCUUUUUUUCCUUGGUGGAAGACAUGGACAGAAGGUUUCAAUAACGGCUUUUCAGAAAGAACUUGAAGAAUGUUUCUGUCAAGUGUAUUGAAAGCUUUCCUUUAGAAACAGAUUUUGAAUUGUGCCACAAAGAGUUACCAAUCAAAUCAAAAACCUUGGAUAAUGCUAGGAAAAGCAUAUACCAUUCAGUUUAGAGAGUGAAGAGUUUGAUACUUUUGCUACUUUAAAAAGUGAAGAGUUUAAGAAACCUUGUUAUUAUAGAGCUGUGUAACUAACUGGAUCUUUGUUGUCCUAAUACUAGUUUGAACACAGGAGGUGACUUGAAACGUUGGACUUGAAAUUCUAAUUUUCUAGGUAUAUUUUAUUUAAAUGCCAGUGGAUAUUGUACAGGACGGAGAACACAUCUUCAGUAAAUUACUGGAAAAAAUACCCUCAAAAAUAAGGCUACAUUGCAUUCUUCAUCUGAACUGCAAACUCUUGGUACCUAUAGAUAUGCAUCUAGCAUAUCCAAAAGAGUGCAAUAUGUAAAACAAAUUAUGGCCAUUUAAGGGAACAUUUCACUUUUUAUAAAUGCAAAAUUAUUAAGUCCUUGUGCAAACUGCAAGUCAAAUUUUGCAAUCCAAUCAAGUUGUGAAGCGUAGAAUCUAUUUGAAGUUGUGCUGGUGGGUGUGUGCUACAAUUUUGUCUGCCUUCAUUUGUUGCUCUGAAUGAUUUUUAACAAGGGCCUCUUGAGAAAGUAGCAGCUGUUGAGAUGAGACUAGAUUUUAUUCCACAAUGAAGUAUUUAUUGUAGAUCAUUCGAGAGCUUUGUUGCUCUUUUCUAAUCAGAGGGCCACAUCCUGUGCUGCUUACUCAGGCAGACUUCCCCAUGAAAAUGGGAUUUGCUCUAACUCCGUAGGGUUUUAAUGAACAAAUUCUGCAUUUCAUUACAAGUGUUUGUUUCCUAUCCUAAAACAAGGUGAAAAUGAUGACCAGUUUUCAGUGUAAGAGCUCUUAUACUGCUAUAGAAACAGAAGAAUGUUGAUAGAAGUCUAGUCACAUGGUGCUUUUUCUAAAACUUGAUUUUAAAAAAGCAGGAAUGCCUGCCUCUACUUGAUCUGUCAUUCAAUUAAGUGUAACCAAAGUGUUUUUGUAUGCAAAUGCUUGGGCUCUUUGCACUUAACUGUUGGAAGUUAUUUUUAUAAAAUGUGUUCCGAAACUGGCUUACAACAUUUAUGUGAGACAUGAUGAAUUUCUGACUUCCUCCAACUCCUAUUAUUUGUUCAUUGAUCUUAUAUCAUACCUUUGCUAACAUAAUUGUUUGAAGAUACUGUGUCCAUAGUAUUUUGGAAAUUGUGUUUUCCUGAGGAUUUAAACUUAAUUUGUAGUAUGGAGUAGCUGUGUAGGAAUAAAAAUAAAUGCAGAUGGACAA